AGCAGCAUCAGGAUGGAAGGGAUCUUCAUCGGUGUCUUGUGUCUCUCAGGUCAGUGAAUUUUACUGUUUGUAUGAUGUCUAACAGAAAAUCUGAAUAUAGAGAUUAAUUUGAGUUCUCAUACAUAACUAAAAUAACUGGUUUCAUCCUCAGGGUGCCUCACCUUCUGCACAUGCCUCCUCCAUCAGUACCACUUUGUGUCUGAUGCAAUGAAUUGGACUGAAGCUCAGAGCUACUGCAGAGAGACAUACACAGACCUGGCCACUGUUGAAAACACUGAAGAAAUGAAGAAACUUAACAACACAGUUUCCGCUGCUGGUCACAGCUCUGAGGUUUGGAUUGGCCUGUACAGUCAUAUUGACUGGAAGUGGUCAGACGGGUUCAACCAGAGUGGAGCUGAAUAUAGGAACUGGAAACAUCCUGACCCAAACUAUUCAGCAGCUAAUGAGCUCUGUGUGGCCAUGAAGAUCAAUGGAACAUGGCUUGAUCAUUUCUGCCAUGACCAGGGUCCAUUUGUCUGCUACAGAGGAACAUUAGAGGAUUCUGACUUUGUGCUAGUGGAGACAGCAAAGAAUUGGUCUGAGGCUCAGAGGCACUGCAGAGAACACUUCACAGAUCUGGCCACUGUGAGGAACGACGGUGACAGCGAGAAGAUACAUGAGUUGAAAACACCUGACAAGUGGGCAUGGAUCGGUUUGUACAGAGAUCCUCAGCUUUACUGGUCCGACGGGAGUAACUACUCAUUCAGCUCCUGGUAUCAGGAUGUAAACCCACUUGGCUUGAGGAAAGUCGUAUGUGGUGUUGCAGAGAAGGGAGGAAACUGGAGGUUAAUUCCCUGUGAAGAAAGAAAACCAUUUGUCUGCUACAGCAUGCGUGGAUGGUGCUUCCUUGAGUGAAAGAGAGAGAACACAUCCUGACAUUAGAAAAACUGUUGUUGUCUCAAUAGUGAUUCUUAUAACAUGAAUGCAUUAAUGAAUAUUUGGAUGAUGUUUGUUGUGUCUAUUGUUUCUUUACAGUGAGAGAAACUAGAAAUGUCUUGUGAUGUACUUGUAUGUUAUCACUUCAUUAAUCUGCUCUGUGAUGGUUCUUCAAGACAAACUGACACUUUGGAACAUUUUGACUCCGUCUGGUUUCAGACUCCUUCACUAAUUCUCCUCGUGAAUGAGAUUUCAGCUCUUAGCUCUCAGCAGUUUGUUUUUGUCAGAUUUAAAAAUUCACUGGUUUUGGUUUUAUGGAAACCCCUGUCUUAUAGAAAAUAGAUUG